GCUUAACAAAGAGCAAUCUCUUCUUCAGAACAUUUUGCUGGCAACAUGGUAUCAGUCUGGAAAUGGGUCUUGGCAAACAGAAAUUACUUCAUCAUCUUCCUCACACCUUUGUUCCUUCUGCCCCUGCCAUUGGUGGUGCCAGCCAAAGUAAGUAGUCCUAAAUGCUGGCUUUACAAAGAAAUGAGAUUUAUGUUUGAACAAUGUGCUACCGGGCAAUCGCAUUGUUAGACUGAAAUCAUUCUUUAUAUAAUUCUUUUAUAUAAAUAUACACAGGGAUUUGGAAUAGUGCGCAAGUAACUUUUCUUCUUUGAAAUAAAUUCUUUGUUUACACAUAUUGGUUCCACGUACAUUGCGCUUUUCAUUACACUUAUGCAAACAGAUGAAAUAGUUACUGAAACAACAAAACAUCUACAAUUAGAUCUUUGUAAGUCCGAUGUAAGAGACUCAAUGCAAAGACAAAGUCAUAUAAAAGGCAUGUUCUCUGUUGCAAAGUGAAACAUUGUGUAGAAAGGGUUUUGUUGUUUAUGUGACCAAUGCUUUCUAUAGCACUCUUAUCCAGAUUUUUACACAGACAGUAAAUUCAUCAAUGGGUAAGCUAGAAUACAGUCAAAGAGUACGUAGAAAUUCAUAAUCAGGUGACGGAGAGUCCUUCAGGUUACCUGGGGUUUUGGUAACUGUACUGCACAACAGCUAGCAGCAUGGGGAGCGAUUUGAGACACAUUUUCUCAUUUUAUAGAACCUGGACUACAUAUGAAAUGGCCAAGGGAAGGCAAUAGCAUUUUAAGAUUAGUAGUAUUUUUUAUUAUAAAGUAAAUGUUGCAACACAGCUAGAAUUAUCUAUUACUAGUGGUACUCAGUGAGAGAAAGCCGGGCAAAAUGAUUUAUAUACUGCCAACAUAUUGCUAACAUUUAGGGAAUAACCUAUACCUCUUAGAGCAGGGGUAGGCAACCUUCGGCACUCCAGAUGUUUUGGACUACAUCUCCCAUAAUGCUUUAACGUCCAUAAUGCUGACAAAGCAUCAUGGGAGGUGUAGUCCAAAAGAUCUGGAGUGCUGAAGGUUGCCUAUGCCUGUCUUAGAGCAAUGGUUAUCCCAUAUUAUAUGCAUGUCAUUAGCCUGGAAAUCCAUUCUUCAAUUAGUAUAUAUAAUAGAAUAAAUUCUGGAAAAAAAAAACGUCUUUCCAGCAUCAAACAGGUUUUCAUUCAAUUGUACUGGGAAAAAACAUUACAUUUGUUAUUGUGGCCAGUUGCCCGUAAUAUGCUGUUUGUUUUAUUUAGUGAAUAACCGAAAAUGCAGUAUGGGUGAUUCUGGCACUGAAUUUGUUCAAUCACACACUGCAUUCAAUUUCUCAAUUUAUAGGAUGAGCCAACUCCCUGUGAAGCUAAGACACUCCCUGUAAUUAAGACUGACAGGAUUUAAUUCAAUCAAAUGUCAAAUUUGCUUCUUUGCAUCGAGACAAAGAUUCUCCUGUUUGAUAGUUUAAUACAUUGUUUGCUGAUAUAAAAACAAAUACUCAGACGUGUUUUCUAACUCGGUAAUAGUCAAAUUGUCAUAGCUUGGCUGGUUUAGAUUUCAGUUUUGCAAUUUGAAGUUCGGUUCACUACAGUUCACGUUGAGGUUUAUUCAGUAAACAGCUCAAAACAGUUUUUAAAAUGAAAACCUGAUUGCAAAACUCAGAUUUAAACAGGCAAGCUGUGACUACAGCGGAGUUACAGAUUUUUUCUUUAUCAGCACAUUUUUCAAAUCACUAGUAAGUAUCUAAAUGAAAGUAUAAAAUCAUAUACACUAUGUGGCCAAAAGGCUGUGGACCAAUUAUCAAGUUUAGAUGUUUCAGCUUGACAAACUGCUAACAGGUACAUAGCCAUGAAACCUAAGUGAACAAACACUGGAAGUUCUACGGAUCAUACUGAAGGCUCAGUGGCUUUAAAGAGACACACAACUCCACAAAUAAAAUAAAUAAAUGAAUAUACAAUCUAAAAAAUCACUAUGUAUUAGCUAUACCCCCAAUGGAAGCAUGCAUUAAUUUAAUUAUUUAUUUUUUCAAUCAGGGUAUCUAAAAACACCUUGCAAAAGCAGCAGUUGAAUUGUCUGCAGCCUUCUUCCCCCAGCUCAGACUUUCUUUGUCUGUCCAAUCAGACACAUACCAAUGCAGCUCAAUGAGAAAUCUUUGCAAGGCCGGUGUUCGGGCCACUACCUUGCCUCUUGGCUCUACAGAGCUAAACAACCAGGAUUUAACAUGACCUGAUGGACAACCAGGGGGUUGUAACAAGUACAUUUAUAAAUGUGGCAUUUUUAAUUGAAAUCUGCACCUGUGGUAAAAAAAAAAAAAAAAGACACAUUGUUCACACAUAAAUUACUUUAGCAGGCUAAAAUGCGUUAGGUGUCUGGCAGAUUUAUGCUGUAGAAAUGUGAACUUAGAAUAAUUAUUCUGCUUGAUACUUAUUUAUAUACAGUAUAUGUAUGGAAAUUCCUAUUUCUUAUUGUUUGAUGGCCUUGUAUUAUGCCUAUUAUAGUUCUUUGGUGUCACUUAAAAAUAUAACGCAAUUAGACUUUCCUGGCUUUUCUUAUAAAAGAGAUUUAUUCUUCUUGCGUUGCAAAUACAAAGUCAGUACUUACAAUGUCAUUGAUGUUAAAUAGGUCAACAUGCUGGACAUUCAGAGUUUGAAGACAUUCUGCUCUUGAUGUUCCGUGUCUCGGUGUCUGUGUCUCAUUCUCCUAGACUCCCCUCUUACACAGAUAAUACAUUCUACAUAUAUACCACCAAAAGUGAUGUGUAAGCAUUACAAACAUGCAUACUCACAGAAUGCUGAAACACAUACCAUGUGAAAUUCACUUAUCAUCAGUUGCACAAGUCACUACAGAGUUCCAAACAGCCUCUGAAAGAAAGAUUAGUAUAAAAACUGUUCCUGGGCCCUGCAAAGCAAUGUCCAGGAAGCCAUGGAUUGAGGAGUUUGCUGUGGAAGAGUAAUCUCCAGAAAGCUCUGACCUAAACCUCAUUGAUCACUAGGCUUGUGCCCGGUGACAAAAUUGUGCUCAACUCACCAUUUUUCACCAAAUAUUUUCAUGACACUUUUCGACCAAAUGUCUUUUCAGCUUGGCAGAAUUUAUGAACCGUGAUUCUGAUUCGGGAACCGAAUCUGAAGAACAAAAAGGGCUCAAAAACUGUCAAUAGGCAGGCUGCAAAAUAUAUACAUAAUAUCAUAUUCACACCAUUUGGUUCAGAAUCUUAAGAGUGUAAAAAUAACUAGUAGUGACUAAUAGUAACUAAAAACAGAAUGAGUAAUUAAAAAUAUACAUGUAUAUAUUUAUUAAAUAUACACUUAUCAAAUUUUAAAAAAAUAUUCCUUCCUAAAAGAGUGGCAGCUGUUACAGUAGCAAAUUGGGACCAACUCUAUAUUAAUGUACGUCAUUUAGGAAUGGAAUGUCAAACAAGUUCAAAUUCAUAUAGGUGUGAUGGUCAGGUACCCAUAUACUUUUGGCCACUUACCUUUAGUCCCCCGGCGCACUGAUCUCGCUAGAGCUGCUGCUCCUCACCUGGCUGACAUCAUAAUUAAAGAUAAUCUUAGUUGAUAUAACACCUCCGCAUAGGGAAGCAUAUGGGGGAGACAAUAAGCAUUUGAGACAAUUGCCAACCAGCAGAUCACUGCAUUUCUAUGGGGAGCACUCUGCAUUGAGAUGCUGAACAUUGGUGGUGCAAAGAUUAAAGGACCACACCUUUCUGAGUGACAGCCUCUAGAGGUGGCCUUUGGGACAAAUGUACACAUUUGUCAGGUUACAGAGACAGGCUCUUUGUACCAGAACCACUACAAUAAGCUGUAGUGGUUCUAGAGCUUAGAGCAGUGGGUUCCAAACUAGUCCUCAAGGCACACCUGCUAGUCCAGGAUUACCAAGUUGUGUCAAGGUCUAUUUUUGUUUUAUUUCUACAAACAAGUCUAAAUAGGAUCUACAGUUACAGCAGUUUCAUAUAGGGCUCAUUCACUAAGAAGCACACAAUGCUGGGACAAACAUAUUUGCUAGUAACACGGAUAAGUUCCAAAAUAUUUUACAUUGGCUGCAUUCUCAAAUAGGCUAUUUUGCCCUAAACAUUGGCUUAUUUGUUUUUAAUUUCCCAAGUCUCUGUUUAUGAAAUAAUCUCCUUAUACAGCUGAAAUCAGAACAGGAUUCUAUUAUCAUAGAGGCACCUUUCCUCUAGAGGUCACCUGGUCUCAACAUUUAUAAGGAUCUUUUUGGAGUUUCAAAGAAGGCUAUAGACACCAAGACCACUUCAUCUCAGUUUCAAAGAAAGCUAUUGGCCCCAUUUUAACCACGCAAUUGAAAACAUUGCCGUUCCUGCAGGGUUAAAGCGGCACUGUCACCCACCCUAAAAAAAUUAGUAUUUCAUGAAGAUAGAAUCUUUAUGAACUACUCAUUUUGACUGUCUUGGAAUUUCACUAAAAUUACAACACAGUCAAGAGAGACGUAAUCACCAAGAGACGUAAUCACCAUCACUGGGGACGGAAGACGGACACUUUAUGUAAAUUCCCAAAUUAUGUUUUAGUCAUCCUCUGCCCAUUAUCGGUGCAGGCAGGGCCGGAUUAACAAAGGGGCUGAUGGAGCUGCAGCUCCAGGCCCAGGCCCAGGCCCAGGCCCAUGGAAUAGGCCCAUUGAUUUAUAAAAAAAAUAAUAAUAAUAAAAAAAAGAAAUAAUGUUUUUUUGUUUUUUUUUACACACUACUUUACUACACUACUACUUAGGGUUUCCACGUGGCUGGUGUUUUAUUGGCACAGCCAGUAUUUGAGGUUGCCUGGUUGGUGCCGAUAUAGCAGUCAUACUGGCAAUACAAAUGCUGGUAUUUUCCUUAGUAUAAACAGAGAUUAUGAUGCAAUACCAGCACUGGCCAGUAGGUGUCACUGUGUGUGGAGAGAGGCAGGGAUAGGAAGUUCCAGCAUGUCCCUCCCUGCCUAUCUCUAAUCACUGAUCCGCAGGGGAGCAGCUACACAGCACAGAGCAUCCAGACCGCAGCUCCCAGCCUGCAGAGACAGUCUACAGCUCAGGAAAUUGAAGGAUGGGGGGGAAGGGCUGCAAGGAGACAUGGGGACACUGAGACACUAAGGGACAUUGGGAGACAUUAUUACAGACACUUGGGGACUCUGGGAGACAUGGGGACACUGAGACACUAAGGAACAUUGGGAGACAUUAUGACAGACACUUGGGGACCCUGGGAGACAUGGGGACACUGAGACACUAAGGGACAUUGGGAGACAUUAUGGCAGACACUGGGAGACAUGGGGACACUGAGACACUAAGGGUCAAGUGUCCCCUAUUUUCUAAUGUGUCCCCUAGUCUCCCAGUGUCCCUGGUGUCUCCGUGUCCCCAGGUCUCCCCGUGUCUCCAGUGACAUGGGGACCCUGGGAGCAGGGCCAGAUUAACAGCCCAUUGGGCCUGGUGCUGACAAUUAUGAUGGGCCUAAUUACAGAAUCUUAUCGACCAAAAACACUAAAACACUCCCAAGCAUCAUGUAUCUGAUGGAGAUGGUGCUGGAGGGAAAGAAAACAGCAGCUAAAAGAAAACACAUACCCUAUGCUAAUCUUGCGCUAAUUUAUGUUUUCAUCUUUCAAGGGAGUGUUUGUGUAAUUUAGUGAAUGUAUGUGUUUUAGUGUGAAGGUCUUGUAAUUUGAUGAGAGUUUGUGCAGUUUAGUCAGUGUGUGUGUUAGUUACUGUCCAAAUGGGUUUGUGUAAUUUAGUUAGUGUGUGUGUAAUUUAGUGUGACUGAUUAAGUGUAUGUGUUUGAGACAGUGUCUAUAGCCCUGGUGUGAUGGGAGUGAGCACGGCUGGGCCUAGGGCAGCUUAAAAAACGAAAUACACAAUUUGUGCUCGCACUCCACUGCACUGGGCUCUUUUCUUUGAUGACUCCAGAAACAGGACAGAAGAAAAAAAAAUCCAUGAUGGAGGACAAAAGAAGUACAAUAUUGGAACUGUAUGCAUUUGGGACAGUCUGUUACUGGGUGGUCUAAUGAUAACGCAAGUUGUCAUCAAUUAUUAAAACAUUAGAUUAAAUCCUCAAUUAGUAACGUUUAGUUAUUGUCAUUUACUGUAAAUGCACAGGUCCCUUCUGUAGCCAUUUGUGUAAAAGAUAGACAAUUGGACUUUGCAUUAUACACUCCUUGUCUUUCAAGGUAAUUUGUAAAUCAUGUGCUGCUUGGCCAUGUAGCAAUAUUAGGGAAUGUUCUGCUCUGGUCUGUUAUUUGUACAUGGUGUUCUUCAGAUUCAAAGCGUUCUGAAGUAGUUUAAUUACUAAAUCAAUAUGCUUAUUCUUUCUCUUUUCUUUUAUGACCAGUUUUAAAAUAUUCUAUUUUUUUGGAUCUUUGAGUGACAGAAACAGUUGAAAAUACGUGUUGCAAACUCUUUUCUAUAUGUGAGUGUCCAUAGAACAUGGGUUGACCUAAUAGGGUUAUUAGAAUUGCCAACAAUCAUAUUGCCGUUGUAAUGCUUGCACACCCACUUUGAUGGUGCUUAUAUAGAAUUUAUUAUACAGGGUGGCCAAAAGUAGGUAUACAGUUGAAUCAAUGAAAUUCAUCACAGAUUAGAUGGAUACACACUGACACAAAACAAAGCGGCAGUUACAUUCCAGGCAUUUAAAUAUCAGUGUGGCAGUUGAAAAGAAUAGUGGAUAUCAGUGUGGCAGAUAAAAGAAUUUAGAACCUAUAAUGAAAAAUGACAUAUACUUUAUACCUACUUUUGGGCCACCCAGUAUUUGUAAGAGGGAGACAAUGAGACACAGAACAUUCAGGGCAAAGUGUCUCGGCACUCUGAUUGCCCAGCACAUACCAUUAGCUGUUGACAAUUUUAACAUCAAUGACAUCAUAAGAACUGACUUUGUAUUUGCGAUGCAAGAAGAAUAAAUCUCCUUUUAUACGUAAAAUCAGGAAAGUCUGAUUGCAUUAUAUUUUUAUGUGACCCCGAAGAACAUAUAUAAAUAUAUGAUACAACAUAGAAACAUAUAAUGUGACGGCAGAUAAGAACCAUUUGGUCCAUCUAGUCUGCCCAAUUUUCUAAAUACUUUUAUUAGUCCCUGGCCUUAUCUUAUAUCUUGAAUAGCCUUAUGCCUAUCCCACGCAUGCUUAAACUCCUUCACUGUAUUAACCUCUACCACAUCAGCUGGAAGGCUAUUCCAUGCAUCAACUACCCUCUCAGUAAAUACUUCCUGAAAUUAUUUUAAACUUUGCCCUACUAAUUUAAGACUAUGUCCUCUUGUUGUGGUAGUUGUUCUUCUUGCUAUGUUGAGAUCCUUUUACCCUGCAAUCCAUGAACCAGUUUUGUAGCCCUUCUCUGAACUCUCUCCAAAGUAUCAAUAUCCUUCUGAAGAUACGGUCUCCAGUACUGAGGACUCACAAGUGCGCUGUACAAUGGCAUGAGCACUUCUUUCUAGCUUAUUUUUACCAAAAGAAAAUACAUACAUACAUAUGAAUAAGUAUCAAGUAGAAUUAUUAUUUUAAGAUUUCCUUUCCUACACCAGUCAAUAUUAUGUUUUCUUUUGGGGUUUUUUUCACGAUACAAUAUGUCCAAAAUCACGAUCUGUAGGAAUUCUAAACUACAAAAGCCAAAGGUGUUGUUUUGUACCUAAUUGGAAAACAUCCCCAUAUGUGAUAGAUUAAGGGUCAAGAGGAGAUAUAAAAAAAAUAAUGACAGCAAUUAAUAUAGUGCUUUUUUCCUAGUUGGACUCACAGAACACACUAAAGAUUUAUUUGAGUCGGCAACUGAUAAGGAAAUCUUACUCAAUCUUAUUUUAUCAAAGACAAAUAGUUGAAAUCCUGAGUCAGCCAUACCAGGAAUUAAACAUGUGAGCCUGAGGUUUGAACGGUUACUGAGUUAACGCAUAUUCAUCUAGAUUCACUAACAGGCACAGAGAUUAAAUGUGUCGGCGUAUUUCUAUUGCAACGCCAAGCCCUAAAGUAGAAGGAAACCAUACAAACUGGGGUGCCAUUGUUAUUCACUUGUUAUUCUGGUGGGUCUGUCCCCUUUGGGUGGAGCCAGUGAUGCAAAUGCAGCAUCUUUAUCCCUCUCCCACUGGCGUCCCAUUUCUCAAGAUGCCAAUGUUGUAGAGCUCUGUUAUGUACUCAACACAUCAACAAUAGAGGGAUUUGGUCCAAAAUAGGGACUGUCCCUCACAAGUAGGGACACUUGGUAGGUAUGCUAUAUGUACAUAGGAUAUUGGGGAUAUACGAAAAUAAAAAUUAUAAACUGCAAGUACAGUAAAAUACAAUAGUAUAUAUUCAGUCAGUACCUGGAAAUUGCUGGGUGAGGUGACAAUUGAAUUCCUCUGUUGGUGAUUUGAGGCCUAAAACGGCCUAAAUGUUAUACUGUACGAAGGACAUCAGCGCUGGACCCAGGUAGGUGACAGAAGGGGUUAUUAAGAGCCUUGACAAAGGGGGAAGUUUGUUUUCCUGGCACUAUAGUUUCCCUUUAACUCUGCAAUAUAAAUAUUACAAUUUCUCUUGCAGGCCUAAAGGGACGGGGACACUGCACCAAGACCACUUCCAUGAGAUGUAGUGGUCUGGGUGCCUAUAGUGCCCCUUUAAAAAAUAUAUAUUUUUAUUUACAUAAAAUGUGGUCUACAUGCCUAAUUCUGUGAUUUCUGUGCCGAAUUUAUUACAAUCUAUUUAGAGCAUAAAGAAACAGCUUGUUUGACCUUAUGGCUGUUGACGUGGCAAACAAUGGCAGUUUCAUUGAUAAAAAAAUAAACAUUGAUAUCAUUGUUUUGCUUGCAUCAGGACAUAAUAAAAACGGCUUCUUAUACAACUCCUAUGUGUCCCGAUUUAUGACAGACAGUUUUUAUUAGGACUCAAAUCCUUCUGUCUCUCUUUUCUCUCCUAAUUUUCUAAGGCCUCCGGUACUUCCGCAUGUAUUUGUAUAUUACAGUAAUAAAACUCACAGUUUAAUGUCUUUUAAACUUCAAUAAUAGUGUCUAUAAAUUAGCCGGUGUAAGUAAGACUUUGGUCAGUAAAUCACAUAAAUUGCCUUUUAAUAACCCAUACCUGUCCACACUGCCUAAAAUGGAUGUGUCCUUCUAUGACCAUUUGAACGGUUGUCAGGUAUGUUUUUAUUGGAAAAAUACAAUUAAAACAAAUAUUUAUACAUUAAUUGUAGUACUAUUCCUCCAUCCCCAUUUUGGCAUAAGCAGCUAGUGAACGGGGCCAGCUGGGAAGCCGUAAGACUAGUGAGAAGCGGAUUGCAGUAGUCAAGGCAAGAGAUGUUAGCGCUAUAACUACUAUCUGAACGUAACUUAAAAAUACUAGUUUAAAAAGAAACGCAAAAUACACAUUUUUGUUUUACAAACUCGAUUUAUAGAGAAAUACAUACUUCUCAACAUUAUGAAUGCAUGACUGGGUUAGGCAGGUGACGGUCUAAAAGGGAGUGCUAGUGGAAGAUAUAAAAAAACAAACAACAUAACUACCUCUCCGUAUAUUAUUUAGACCACCAUUUUAUGCCGCCAAUUUUUACCACUUUGCACAAAUUUGGAGAUAUAAUAAUAGUGGGAGAUACAAAUUUUCUCCUUGACGGUUCUCUAGGCUCAUCAUUGUCCCAUAAGGUAUCAGCAAACACAGCUAAUAAACAAAACGCUUCAGCUGCUAAGAUACGCCACUCCCUCCUACAACACGACUUCCUAAACACUGGACAAGCCUUACAUCCCACAGAAGUAGACUAUACAUAUCAUUCCGUUGUUCACAAUACCAACACCAGAAUUGUUAGAUUUCUGACUCCUUCUAAUAUAAUGUCUAAAAUCCAAAGCACUCAGAUAGGGCUUAUCUCCUGGUCCAAACAUGCACCUAUCACCCUGGAACUAAAUAAAAAACUCCCCAACUUAGGCUCCAGUCAGGGCCGGCGCUACCUGUAAGGCGGACUAGGCAGCCGCAGCUGCAGCCGCCCGAGCGCUCUGUAGAGAGCCUCAGGUGGCUGCAGCUUUGCCUGGGCGGUGCGUCCAUGAGGGCGGACCGCACCGCCCGGGCGAACAUGGGGAGAGGGGCUCAGCGCUCCCUCCUGUCACUCCCUCCCUGUAGCGUGGCCGAGCCCUCUAUGGUAUGGUCCGCGGGUACAGGGAGCAUCUGUCUCCUGUACCCGGCCGGACUAACAGGAAGUACACACUGAGUGUGCACUUCCUGUUUGUCUGGCCGGGUACAGGAAACAAAAGCUCCCUGUACCCGCGGACCAUACCAUAGAGGGCUCGGCCAUGCUACAGGGAGGUAGGGGGAGAAAUUGACAUGGGGGGAGAAAUUGACAUGGGGGGAAUGGACAGAGGAGGGGGGAAAUGGACGAGGGGAAAUGGACAGGUGGGGGGAAAUGGACGGGGAAUGGACAGGAGGGGGGAAAUGGACAGGUGGGGGAAUGGACAGGGAGGGGGGAAAUGGACAGGAGGGGGGGAAAUGGACAGGGAGGGGAAAUUGACAGGGAGGGGGAAUUGACAGGAGGGGAAUUGACAUUGGGAGGGGUGAAUUGACAGGGAGAGGGGGUGAAUUGACAGGGAGGGGUUGAAUUGACAGGGAGGGGGGAAGAAAUUGACAGGGAGGGGAAUUGAUGGGGGAAUGAGAGUGAGGAGGGGAGAAGAGAGUGACAAAGGGGGAGAAGAGAGUGACAAGGGAGGGGGGAGAAGAGAGGGACAAGUAGGGGAGAAGAGAGUGACAAGGGAGGGGGGGAGAAGAGAGGGUCAAGGGGGGGGAGAAGAGAUUGACAUCCAUCACACACACACAAUGCACCCCUUACACACAAAGACAAUGCACCCCUUGCACACAGAAAAACACACAAUGCAUUACACACACAGACACACACACACAAGCAAUGCAACCCUUACACACAAUGCAUCCCUUACACACAGAGAAACACACAAUGCAUUCCUUACACACACUCAAUGCACCCCUUAUAGAUGCACACACUCAAUGCAUCCCGUACAUACACAGAAACACACCUUGCAGCCCUUACACAUACAAACACAGAUUAAAAAAAUAAAUAAAGGGCCUUAAAAAAAAUGGAGCUGCUUCCCAUUCUCCCAGAACAUUGAUUUUUGUGACCACAGUUACAAACAGCCUCCAGGGAGCCUGUUCUACACCAGACCAGUGAAACCAGACUGCAGCUAGAGCCCAUCAUCAUCCUCAUGUGGUUGUAAGUAGGCAAUCUAGUAUAUUAUUCGUGGCACUAAUCUCUAGUCCCCAGAACCACUUCAGCUUAAUGUAGUGGUUCUGGUGUCCAUAGCCUGUCCCUGCAGGCCUUUUAAUGUAAACACGGCGGCACUGCAGCACUGGCGUUCGUUAACAUGGCAGAUCAUAUGGGUGGGGCAUUGUGAUGUCACAUGGGGGGGGAGGGGAGGGGGCGGCAAACUUUACUUUUGCCUAGGGCGGCAAAAAUCCUUGAACCGGCCCUGGCUCCAGUUCAUGGAGAAUCAAAGACAGUCUCCUACAUAUCCCUUCCAUUGUUGACAAAGUAAAAGACUUGCUGACCUAUUUUAAUUUCAACACUCCCGCGGAUAGGAGCAUUGAAAAUGAGUGGCAGGCCCAUAAAUCAGUAAUCAGAGGAAGUUUUAUUAGAACAAAAAAAAAAAAACACGGACGAAAGCUUACAGUGACUUAAUACAUAAACUUACCAAUCUGACACAUAAAAAAUCCACUAACACACAAAACAAAUUACAAUUGUUACAGAUCAAGCUUAGAGACAUAGAAUUAGAAAAAAAACACGUUCAUGCAUAGAAAAUACAAACAUAAAUUCUUUGCCCAAGGAAAUAGAGCUGGAUCCCACCUUGCCUCCCAAUUGAAAGCACGUAUGUGCCGUACAAAAAUUUAAUACAUCCUAUACAAUCUCACAGAUGACCCCCAGGUCACCACAUCUUCAAUAAAGGCUAUCCAAAACAUUUUAGAUAUAAUGGAGCUCCCCAGGCUACUGCCAGAAUCGCUUGGUCACCUCUCAGAGCCUUUCAGCUGUCUCAAAGAAGAAAGGGCCAUCAAAGAGCUACCAGCUCAUAAUGCUCCAGACCCAGAUGGUUAUCUAUUCACAGGUAGAUGCACGCAGAAAAUGUAUGUAUAGGUUGUACCUCACCCCUACAAAACUUCACAACAUUUCCCCUACUGUUUCUAACAUGUGUUGACAAUGUGGGGCACAUAGGGUGGUCAUGCUCUAAUAUUUAGCCAUUGUGGGACACAGAACGAGACCUAUUCGCUAGCCCAUUUACUAACUCAAUACAAGCGAACACACACACUUGAUUAUUUCUCCUCCUCUCAACUACACUCCCUAAUGCUUCUAAGCAGCUCGGAGCCACUGGAAACAACAAAAUGUCCCACUAAAACUCAACUCAUAGAUAAAGUACAACAAUACUAUACCUCCGAAUGCAUGUCAUUAGAUUCUCCUUCACAGUUCCAGCAUUUCAAAGAUGCCUAGCAACUGUGGAUUAACCUUUCUAGAGAAUUGACUUAAAGUUAUAAUUAAAAAAAUAAAAUAAAUUAUAGGCCCAACAGGAUUCACACACUGGGGACCACCACAGACCCGCAACUCGCUGGGUGAUCCUCGAUAAUUGUUUAUGCAUAUCACCUCUUAGGUUCAUAUCCGAGUACUAAUAAAUGGAAAUCUGAAAACCAGGUUCCCUUCUCCCCCUCUCCUUUUUUUCUUUCUGUAUCCUACCCCAUCUCUGCAAAGCAAAGGGAAGGGGGGACUUUUUUUUUUUUUUAAGUUAGCAGCCACAGGCUGCUCCCUGUUUAAUAGACAGGCCCUUACUCGCGGUAUAGCCGAGUAGGGGCAUAAUUUACUAAUACUAAGUAAUAUUUAAAUUUAGGUCUUUGAGCCUUUUAGUAGAUAGCUACCUAAUACCGUGGGAAUUAGGGAGUUAUCUACUUAUUCAUUCCUGUCAUUACAUUGAUAGGCUAAGUAACUUACAUUUUAUAUGAAUGUGUUACUUGAUUGUUGUAAGUGUUGCAAAUGCUUACAGCUGAGUCCUGGCUAUAUUUGUAUACUUUUUAUUUAAAAUUGUAUAUGGUGUAACAUUCUUCAUUCUUUCACUGGGUAAGUAUAUUAGUUCUUAGGCAAUACUGUGCUUCGGAACUUCGGCACUUUGACACUUCGGAACUUUGGCAUCUUAGGAACUUCAGCACUUCGGAAUUUCGGCACUUCGGAAAUUCGGUAAUUUCGGAACUUCGGGACUUCGACAAUUCGGCAAAUCAUCUAUUCAGACAUUCGGAAGUACCCGAAUGUCCGAAUUUCCCGAAAUUCUAAUAACUAAUUGCACAUGUCUAUCAGCCAGUCUAUUCAAUUUACUAGGCAUAUGUCUGGCUUGAGACAAAUAUUAAAUCACAAACCUUUAAGAACCAACCGCCUAAGCCAAUUGAUUACCUUCAAUUACCUUCAACCUUGAUUACACUUAGCCUUUAAUGAAUUGAUUACCAUGACUACACUUAAAUUGUCACAUGUGUCAAUCAAACGCCAAUCUCUCCACUCUUCCCCCAUAUGUAUGUAGCUGCUACUAUAGGAAACAAUUACAACAAUGUUAAAUUCUUUGUUAACCCUUCCUGCACCCACGACCAUUCUUGCGCACACCACUGGCCACUCCAAUAUAUACUGAAACCAAUGGCACCUGCUGCAUCUGUGAACAGCUCCAGACUGUCAAAUCUGUCUGUUUUAAUUCUCGUUACUCUAACGUGCGCAAAGUGAGAUUUGAUGUUUGCCAUUGUCAUACCCAAUUUCCUAGAAAAUGCUACCCUCAUUGGAAUCACCCUAAUGCAAAUGUCCACACACCUAAUAAUGACUGUAGCAACUUUAAGGUCACUUUUCCUGUUGAAUCAGCAUCUUCAUCCUUGAUACUUUUCUUCCGGCAACCUAAACUCCAUAUUUGAUGAAUCAAUGAUUAUACCAAGGAACUGUAAAGAACAAGUGGGUAAUACCGUCUUAUCUGCAGCCACAGGGACACCCGAUUCCUAUGUCAUUUUUAGAAAACGUUCUAAUAAAUGUUUACAGUUACCACUAUCUUUAGUGCCCACAAACAGAAAAUCAUCCAAAUAAUGCAUUAUCUGUUUCCAACCGGAUUCAUACUUAACUAUCCACUGAAUGAAAUGCCUCAAAUAUGGACAAACAAAGCACCACCCAUUGGUAAACACUUAUCGAAAUACUUUCCUUCAAAUUGAAAACCCAAAGAGUUAAAUGACUCCGGAUGAAUUGGUAAUAACCCAAAAGCAGAUUAAAAUAUCUCUUUUUGCCUUCAGUGCUCCCCAUUCUCCCCUUUCUAACUUCAACGCUUUAUCCAGGUUACAUAAGACACUGAACUUUCCAUUUAAUGAUUCACCUUUUGGAUAUGACAUGCGAUGUCCUAAUCUAUAAGCCUCUAGUUCCUUCUUUGAUACUAAACCUAAUGAGGAUAACCUAUUAAAAUGGGGGAGGGGGAUCGAAAGGGCCAUAAAUUCUAUCUAACUUUAACUCCUUAAAAUCUUCUCCCAUGCUGUAUAUGGCAACUCUAAAACCGAUUUAAAAUUUAAACCCACUCACAUUGAACCGAACUAUAUACAGUAAAAUGAAGUCUAGUUUUCACCAAAUUUGGAUAUAUUUCUAGAUAAAGCAGUAAUGUUUUGAAACAACAAAAUUAGGGUGUACACCAGAGCACGUACACAUGACGGAAUCUACAAUUACUUAACUGUUUACAUUGAGAUUCAUUACAUGUCCAACAAAACUCUUUUUUUUGUGUGUGUAUUAUUUGUACUAACCUGCCUGUUAGCAUAAGUUGUCAAUCUCUGAGGUCACAUCAUGUUCACCCAGAGCCCAACAUCUUUCAUACCCCACCUCAAGUUACUAUGAACCUCUAACUUUUGACAGAAGUGUUCGUCAUAAUAAAACCAUGCUAAGCCCCUGUAAUAUUUUUUUAUAUAUAUAAGUUUCCCAAAUAGCCUCUGUAUGCUAAAAUAAAUCGAAACAAAAUUUGGAAUACUUCGCCUAACACACUGUAAAAAAUGAAAAAGGAUUGAAGCCAAUUGUUAAGAGACCCGAGUAAAAUUUUUCCCGUCUUCAUCCCUAUUCUACUUAGUAAACUCUUUUUAUGUAGUAACAGCAAGAGGAUAUCACUGUAAUCUCCCUUUAUAUCCUAUCUUUUAUUGAUUUGCUUAAAUGAAACCCAGAGGGGAGCUUUCACACUGUAAUAUUCAAGAUUCUUUCACUCUAACCUCCUCUCUCACAGACUGCGUGACUUUAGGACUAACUGUGAUGGUUUCCUUGCCUUGGUCCUAAGCUUUCACUAAACUAAGUGUCUGUAAUAAUUUAGUAAUCUUUUCAAGUGAGGAAACUACCUCACCUAAAACAGCAUUAUGCACAGUUUUUUUGUGACUCACCCAGCUCAUGACUGUAACCCAUGAGCCCUGCACCUAAUGCCAACCUCGCGCUACCUCUAAAAUUAACCUUUUGAUACUUACCCACAAACCUCCGCUCCAUCAAACCCCAUGAGGCUGCUCCUUAUGUGUCCGCCCCCGCCUGACAGGACUUUCCUAAUGGUCUUCCCCUUGUAAACUAUGUUUUCCUGUAACAAAACUGAAAUAUGCUUAUUAAUACCAUAUGUUUUCCUGUAACAAAACUGAAAUAUUCUUAUUAAUACCAUGCUUAUUCCUUUUAUCAAAAAAGAAAAAGGAAUACACCCGUUGGACCUACCAGGUGUAUUGGUCCAGGACUUAACCCUUAAGUCAACUAUAGAAAUAAUUUGCAGCUCCCAAAAGAAAACAGAUGGGAACUGCUACCUGGUAUAGAAGUAAAACAGAAGGUAACCUUAUAAUGCAUACCUAGUACUAGUAAAAUACAUGGCCAGUGAAAAAUAAUAAUAAAAAAGGCAUUACUGAUCUGUCUAGUGAUCACUUAGACACCCAGUUAUCAACGAGCCCCUCCUAUAUUAUUAUUAUUAAUAUAUACUGCAUAUAUUAAUAAUAAUAUAGGAGGGGUUAGUUGGCCCUUUUUCUACGCCUCCUCUUUCAUUGAUAUCUAGGAGUUCAAGUGAUCACUAGACAGAUUAGUAAUGCCUUUUUUUAUUUAACUUGUUAAGCAUUAUAAGGUUACUUUCUGUUCUAUUUUCUAUACCAGGUAGCAUUUCCCUGGUUUCUGUUUUCUUUUGGGAACUGGAAAUGAUUUCUAUAUCUAUAAUAUCAUUCUUUGCACUUUUAGUUAUACUAGAAAAUAUAACUGAAACAAACAAAACAAAGCCAGUAUCAGUGUAAGUGAAGGUCUGAAGUAAAUAUCCUUCAUUGUUGUCUAUACCAAAACAUUAUUCUCUAAAUCGUUGUUUUUUGUUCAUGUUGACAGGAAGCAAGCUGUGGCUUUGUCAUCAUUCUUAUGGCAUUAUUCUGGUGCACUGAAGCCCUCCCCUUGGCAGUUACUGCCCUGUUUCCGGUGCUGCUCUUUCCUAUGAUGGGCAUCAUGGACUCAACCGCGGUAAGUUCACUCAUGAGAAAUAAAGAAAAGGACUUACCCAUGAGCUUGAAAAUAUUAGUAAACAUCAGAUUUCUUUAUUAAUAGUUGUGUCUCAUCAACUUACAAACCUGCUUAUUGCUUAAUUUUAUCUGAGAUGAACUGAGCCUUGUCACAUGUUCUUGGAGUGGCCUGUUUGCCAGCCUCCUGCCUCAGGACUGUGGGCCAUGUGAAAAGGCUCAUAAAAGACCUUGUUCGUGCCUUUUUGCUAUUCUGUUCGGUAGAUUGCAUUCCCCUCCUAUUCUAACAGUCCUGUUCGACUACCGAACAAUGGCACAUACCAGGGACCACCCAGGAGCUUGUUAACACCUAUUAACACCUUGGAACACUUCUCACUGCAGUGUUCUAAUUAUUCGUCUGGGUGGCUGCAAUUCCUAUGGACAACUACGAGGUGGCGGCCAUCUUGUUCGCAUGAAUGCAGGCAGCGGUGUUUGGGCAUGAAUCUCAUGGAACUAAAAUCGGACACGGAAACUCCCAAACACCGCUGGACUUCCAUCAAAAAUAAGACUUCAUGGAAAUUCCUGAACAUCUGAACUGAUCUGGGUGAUUUUGGGAUUUUUUAUGUUGGUCACACAGAUCAGGGCUAUCAUGGGAUGUAACUUUUGUGGGAGUUUUGUAGGUUUUAAGGUAUUUUGGGGGUUUGUAAAAAUGUGUGUUUUUUGUAUUUGGAGAUAAUUGAGUUUAGUAUAGUGCUUGACUCAAUUAUCUCCCAGGCAUAGGGGAGGGAUUGACCUAUUUUGUAUGGGAGUGUCCUGCACCUGAGAGCCAAUGUGAUUGUGUAUUUAUUUCUACUGUGGUUUACUCUCAGGUCCAGGAGCGAGUGCUCCUUGCAUGGGGACUGUCUUAAAAGGCCAGUUGUGGCUACCAUUAAACUGAGAUUCGUUUUACCCUUCAUGAAGUCUAGACUCAUGUUUGGGGGAUUGGAGAGCUAUAUUCACUCUGGGGAUUGCUAUAAUCACUAUACUCCAUUGGAUCACAAUGAUUGCUCUUGUAAGAGCAGCCUGCUUCGCUCUCUGGACUAGGAGAGGUCUACCCACUGAAAACUGGAUCCUGGUCUUGGGUCCAGGGUGGGUGGAGGACAGCAAAACCCCAACCAUGCUGCGGCGGUUUGUGGGGUUUAUGGUGGUUAUGGUGUUCCAGUGCAUGGUGCUCGCAAGUACUAAGAAGCAGCGAUUGACAAAGGUACCCGGUCGGGGUGCCAGGCAAUCCGUCACAAUUUCUAUAGCAGCUCAGCUAACCUACAGAUUAGGAACAUAGGCCUUGAUUUAAUAAGCUUUAUAAAUGAUUCGAUAUUGUUAAAAAAAAUUCCAAAUGAUUUAUCUACAAAAAUUCCUGUAUACUUUAAUGCUGAUUACUGUAGACAAAUCAAAAGUUUUUUUGUAACAAUAUUAAAUCAUUUGGAAAGUUUAUAAAUCGAGGUCAAAGUAAGAAAUUCACUCGUGCUGAGUUUGCCCAUGGACUUUCCAGGCUUGCAGUUGCAUAUGACUUUUAAGGCCUGACUAGUAGUUACUGUCCUAGUUAUCUAGGUUGAUCUAAAAAAAAAAGGUAGAAAACCCAGUGUGAGGCAAUUUCCAGUUGUUCCCUACUAAUGUGGGAAACCCAAACCCAAAAUUCCAAUUCCUCCUAGAUGUGACAGCCUCCCAAAGGGUUAUUUUGGGGUUCUUUAUCCUUGUCUUAACGUUUUUUGUUUGCCAACCUUAUACGAAUAUUUGCUCUCUAGGUGAGAUGAUGCUUAGCUUCUCUUGCAACUUUCAUGUUGGUAUCAAGGAAAUCUCUAAGUUCGCCAAAGAACGAAAUAAGAGAGAACAUUUAUUAUGGCUUUCCAUUUUCUCAACUAAUUUCCAAAAGUAAUGAGGUAUUCAAUGGCAUCCACCAAUCUUCUGACCAUAGACCAUAUGAUGAAGCCGUAUAAUGGAACAUGUAGAAACAUGUACACCCUGUUUCUGUAUUUAGGAUUAGAAUCUGCUAAACAAAUUAAAAACUGAUUUCAUGAAUUCCAAAAUUAAAUCAACCAAACUUUCUAAUUACAUGAUUUAAGCAUCAAUUGACCAAUAUGAGGAUUUGUGACAUACAGAGUGCUAAGAAGAUAUACAAAGAACUAGAGACUCUUAGUGUUGAAGAAUAGUAUAAAAACCAUCUGUACAGAGUACAGGACUGUAGGACAGCAUUUCAAGAAUUACUGAAGCUAUUCUAAUUGCAAGAUGCAGUGAUUAUCUGAGUAAAUUUGGUAAUGCUUUAAAUUUACCUAAUAGAGAAAUAGAAAAUUAAGAAAUAACUUAAAUGUGCCUGUUUCAAUGGCAUUAAAAAAAAGAUGGUUCAAUGGUUAUGGCGCUUACAGUUUCUCUUACAGCUCUCUCAAAGUGGCAGAAUAUAUUAUUAGAUACUAAAUGUAGAUUUAGUCAAUAGUAUUGCUAUGUUAGGCUUGGCUUGUUGGAAAAUAAAAAACGUGUCCGAUAAAAAAAUACACAGUUUGUUUUGUCUGUGUUAUUCAUUUUUAUACAUCUAUAGAUCUUCUAUAUCUUUUGUGUUUGCUAAUCCCUUAUAUUUAAGAUCUAUAGAUGUAUAAAAAUGAAUAACACAGACAAAACAAACCAUGUAUUUUUUUAUCGGACACGUUUUUUAUUUUCCAACAAGCCAAGCCUAACAUAGCAAUACUAUUGACUAAAUCUACAUUUAGUAUCUAAUAAUAUAUUCUGCCACUUUGAGAGAGCUGUAAGAGAAACUGUAAGCGCCAUAACCAUUGAUUGAGGGUCCCUUGAUGUAUGCAGCCAGGUCCCACUCUGCAGCUUAGGUUAAUGUUUCCUUGUUAGACUGAGCAACGAUGGGCAGCAGGCUAAUAGCUUUUGCUGCACGCCAAUUGGUUAUAUGAGUUGGUAUGACUAAUGCCGAAUUACACUUUGUUUUAAGCCUGCAUCCAGUGGGAGGCUGAGCCUUGGGCCCCUGGGGACCCUCAGUCCAGUUUAAAACGGUUUUACACUAAACCAUAGGACAGUACAUGGUUUUACACUAAACCAUAUGACUGUACCAGAGGACUACAGCCAACAUCACCACUUUAAUCAGAUGAAGUGUUUAUCGUGCCUAAAGAGUUAAAGCCACCAUAACCACUUCAAUCAGAUGAAGUGGUUAUCGUGCCUAGAGAGUUAAUUUAAUGUAAAUGCUAUGUGCUGUUCCCUCAAGCUUUGUGUAUAAAUGUUAGUCAUUUUUGCUAUGUUCUGUUCCCUCAAACUUUGUGUAUAGAUGUUGGUCAUUUUAGAAGCAUCUGGAAGAUAUGAACUUGUUUAGAUGAUAUAUUUUGCUGUAAAGGUGUAACAUUGAAAUAAACACAUAAGAGCAUAAGUACAAUACAAAAUACCAAAGAAUUCCCAUUUUAAAACUAGUUAGUGUUUUGUGUGACCUCCAUUACAACAUGUAAGUAAAUUUAAAGAAUCUGGGUGACACAAACACAGAAAAUGCAGUGAAAGACCUCAAAACUGCUCUGCAUGUUACAAGCACAUCUCUCUUGAGGGACAGAAGAAUAUCAAGUGAUAUACAAGUAUAGAACAUGCUAGACAACUAUACUUUGCCCACAUGGUAUAAUAAACACCACUUGACCAUGGCAUUGGGUAUACAAGCUCUUUCAUCUCUUAUAUGAGGUCAGUGGUAAAGAGCAGAUGCAUUGGAUAUUAUUCAGUAUUUAUUAGAAUCAUUUAUUUAUAUGUUGAUAGUUCUACAGCGAUACAUACAUUAUAUAAUGUGUGUAACUUGCAGUUAUAGUUAUAGCUUAAAACCCCAAUGCAGAGAGAGUUCAGGCACACAGAUUCCAUCAUACUGCAGACUGGAAUACUGGAAUAAGCACAUGACAACAUUCCAACUGAUAUGGACAGCCUUGAUGAUAUCUUAAAAGACAGACACAAUCAAUCAAUCAAUUUAUAUUUAUUUAUCUUUAUAUUCCAGGUGUGCAGUCAAUACCUGAAAGACACUAACAUGCUGUUUAUUGGAGGGCUCCUGGUCGCAAUAUCUGUUGAAAAAUGGAAUUUACACAAGCGUAUAGCCCUGAGGGUGCUUUUGAUCGUUGGAGUUAAACCUGCUCUGUAAGUUUUCUAUUAGGCAACAGCUCUUAGCCGUCACUUGUUGUACAAUCAUUCCUUUUGCCAGGUUAGCAGAGGCACUCCACCAAUAUUUGUACAAAAUUUGCCUCCCCCAUUUAUACAAAAUUAAAGGGAAAUGAUACGAACCAAGAUUUUUUCGGUAUUCAUUUCCUUUAUUUAAAUUUAAUCCAUUCUACCACAAAGCUUCUGAUAUGAUUGUUUUCACUUGAAAAUUCAACACUUUUUAUCAUCAUAAUUAAUUUAAGUUUACUAUGGCACAGAAGGCACCACACUGGGCAUGAAUCUCUGAUUUACAAGAGCCUGAACUGAAAUUGAUUGACACCCUGUCAGAUUUACUGAAAAUAUGGUAAUCUCUCUUUAACUUGAUCCAAAAUCCACAAUGUAGCUAGUAGUGAUUCAGUAGAGAAUUGUGGAAAACACAGAGUAUUCCAGGACGAUGCAUUCCCCCUUAAUUAGCAUAACCACGUGAAAAAAUGUGUUAAAUGGGUAAACCGUAAAUGGUAAACUAGCUCACUGUGAAAUUUUCUCUUUAUUUUCACUAUAACUUAUUUUAUUUAUUUUCUAAUCUAUUUGCCCAGUGGAUGCACAAGUACCGGUAUGCAUGAAUUUCAGAAAGUAGUUCAUAUUAAUACAUACAUUGUAUGGGACUUCCUUUCUGAUAGAUUCCUUAGCUAUUUAGAGCUGAUUCCAAAUCAGAACUCAGCUGAAGGAAUUUAGCAUCUGAAUUGCAUGAAUACAUCUCUGUUUUCACCAAUUAUGGCUAGGUAAGUCCAGAGUUUAAUGAAUCAUUCAAUUUGUACUCAAAUUAUAGAAUUAUUCAUCUUGAAGUCACAGCUUGCUACAUUUUUGUUCACAUUAUUUACAUUCAGUUGAUGAUACCCAGUUCUAAUUUUCAUAGUGUUUCAAUGAAGAAAAUGAAUGGUAACUCCUUCAUAUGGAAGCCAUGUAUUUUAAUAUUUUUCUGACUUGUUUUCUAUAGAAAGCAACUUGUGAUUUCUUGACAUUACAAGUUGUUUUCUCAACAUAACAAAUCAGAAAAGUAUAAAAAAAUACAUGACCUCUCUGGCCUUCCACAUAUGAUGAGAGAAUUCUGUUUUAUCAUAAUACAAUUAAAAAAUAACUAUCCUUUAUGCCAGCUCAAUGGUUAGGGAUAGUAUAGAUGUGCUGAUAUUACAAAAAGUAUAGUAAAAUACUCAAAAUUCUCAAAGUGAAGCCACACCGUGGUACUUUUCACCUCCCUUGGCAUGAUUGUUGGUCUACUCCAGAAUAAUGUACUUUGUAUAUGUGUCAAAGAGGAUACCGGGUCACCAGCAUAUAUGUACGAAACUUGCUUCUUACCCUUGAUAUAUAGGUGAAAAUGGAUGUGAGCUAAGCAUUUUUGUUAUUUUUAUGACAUCUUGUGUGUGCGAUUUGAUAGUCCAAACCAAGAGGAACCAAGAAAGUCCAUCACUAUAAAAGUUGCUGCUCAUUUUAAAAUCAAAUCCACAUAUCUUACUGUGUCCACUGGUUAUAGGAAAUCCAUAUAAGACAAACCAUUGGUGGUGAAUUUAUGCUAUUGAUUUGUAGUGCCAAUUUCCCAUUUCAGGUUUCAUUACAAAUAUAAAGUAAGACAUUUACAAUCCCAUUUCUUUCUUCUGUAGACUAAUUUUGGGUUUCAUGGUGGUUACAGCCUUCCUGUCUAUGUGGAUCAGUAACACAGCCACAACAGCCAUGAUGAUCCCCAUAGCACAGGCAGUGUUGGAGCAACUUCACAGCUCAGAGGAAGAACUGGAUAGGAAUCCUAAAGAAAAUUCUAUUAACACCAGCGAGAAAAAGGAGUCUCCACUGAAUGGGAUUGUGAACCAGAGCUUUGAGCCUAAUAGGAACCAAGAACAAGCUUUUGAGAUGAAAGAGAGCAGCUCCUUAGAUCUGACCACCACCACAAGUCAAGAAAAAGAAAGUAAGUAUCUUCAAAAACUAAAGCUAAAUCACACAUUGAAAUUGUACCCCCCGAUUCAGUGAUUUUUUGUUUGCUAAAUACAUGUCCUGACCCUCUAGAGGUCACGUUUAUAGCAACAAAUAUUAAGUCAGUAUUCAUAUCCAGGGUCGAAGCAGCCUGCCCUGGUUUUUGGUAAGGAAAUUAAUUUUUAGAAGUCAUUUUGUUAAAAAAGCUCUUUAAAGGUUUACCAGUUUUAAAGAGGCAUUCCAGCCACGAUAACCACUACAGGUCAUUGUAAUCUUUAUGGUGCAAAGGGUCUGUAAGCUCCGUUUGUAUAUUUGUUAAAGCAUUAUAUAUAUAUAUAUUUAUGUAUAUAUAUAUAUAUAUAUACAUAUAUUCUAUUCACACAUAUAUAUUCUAAUUAUGCAUUGUUAAUAUAACUUUUUCCUUGGUUGAUUAGUGUCCGGUGCUGGAGUACUCAGCAUUUUCUUAUUUGUGUUUUGCAGACAAUGGCACCAUUGUUGUUGACUUUGAUGACUACAAAAACAAGCAAUUGGACAGGCUUGAGAAGCACAUUAAACUCUGUAAAGGCAUGAGUCUGUGUGUGUGUUAUUCUGCAAGUAUUGGGGGCAUUGCCACACUUACUGGCACCACACCCAACCUUGUCAUGAAAGGACAAAUGGACGAGUAGGUACUAGGAUGGUUCAGAAGAAAUAAUAAAUCAUUUGAAAAAUGCUUAUCCAAAAAUAUUACAUCAACUCCUUGUGUGUGUUUGUGUUCAUGGUUGUGAACAUUGUUCUUAUUUAGGCAUGCUAAAGGGAAAAGGUGAAAUCUAUAUCAAAUUAUGAAAAUACAACACAUGGAGUAUAUUCACACACUACAUAUAUUCACAUGGCAUCCAUUCAUUAGCACUGCAAUCAUGCUCUCACUCUGCGUUAAUUCAUUGAUAUAUUACAUUCAUACACUAUUGACACAUGAUAUUCAUAUGAUAGAAUAUCAAUUACUUAUAUAUUAUAGUUCUUUUUAAUACCUGUUAUUAUUUAGCCCUUUUACCAUUUUCAAUAACUCUGUCGAUAUCCGUCAAUAUGUUGUACCACCUUACCUAAUUUAUAUAUUUUUUUGGUGGUGGGGGCAAGACAAGGAUUUGUCUGAGAAUUCUGUGCCUAUCAGCACUGGGUCAUGUAUAUGAAUAUAGAUUAAAAAAAAACAAUUUCUCUUUGCUACAUCAGUCAAAUGUGUUUCUUUCCUAGGCUUUUCCCGAAGAAUGAUAAUGUAAUAAAUUUUGCCUCGUGGUUUGGAUUUUCCUUCCCAACAAUGAUUGUUUUACUUGCCCUUUCCUGGAUCUGGCUUCAGAUUAUGUUUCUGGGAAUUAAGUAAGAAAUUUAUUUUUUAUACCUGUAAUGUCACUAAUCUUCACUGAAGUACCCCAGAUAUACCAUAGUAAUUUCAAUGGCAGAUGAUGUCUUUCCUAUGAAGCCCAUAUUAAUGAAUGCUAUAGGCCUAUUUUUAUUGAGCUAAUAAUAAUAAUACACUUUUAGCAUAGUUUCUUAAUGACUUUGUAUCUCUUAAUACAUUUUAGACCAUUUCCCUAGCUUACCCUUUAGACCAAGCAGCAUGUCAAGGAAAAAGCAGACCUCUGUCCCUCUUUUGGAAACAAACAAAACUGUUGGAGAUACAAAUCUCCCUGCGUCUCUUUUUUAUCAUUAUGUCCCUCUUAUUAGAUCACAUACAUAGUGAUUUACAGGUUGUGAAGCCUGCUCAAAAUUCAUAGUUAUGUCCAAUGCCUCUUUUUACCAUUUUUUCCCUUAGGCUUAGACAUCUUUAGUUAGGGUACAGAGAAUGCACAUAUAGUGAAAUUAGUUUUCUUUAGAUAAUAAGUGUUAAAAUAAUAAAUAUGUAUUUGAAUAAUAAUUUAAAGGACCACUAUAGUGCCAGGAAAACAAACUCGUUUUCCUGGCACUAUAUAGUCCUCAGGGCCCCCCUCUUGCUGGGCUGAAGGGGUAAAAACCCCUUCAGCCACUUACCUUAAUCCAGCACCGGGCUCCCUCGGUGCUGGUGAUCUCUACUCCCCCUCCAACGUCAGCUCCCGAGUGGAGCCCAAUGCGAAUGCGCGGCCAGAGCCGCGUGCGCAUUCAAACCGCCCAUAAGAAAGCAUUACUCAAUGCUUUCUUAUGAAUUUUCUGCGUGCUCAAUGUGAUUUUCGCAUUAAGUGUCACGGAAGCGCCUCUAGCGGCUGUCAGGAAGAGAGCCACUAGAGGCUGGAUUAACCAUUAAACAUAGCAGUUUCUCUAAAAUGGCUAUGUUUACAGCUACAGGGUUAAAACCUGGGGGACCUGGCACCCAGACCAUUUCAUUAAGCUAAAGUGGUGUGGGUGACUAUAGUGGUCCUUUAACUUCCAUCUCCUGAACCACAAUUUAACUUCCAUCUCCAUUUUAACUUACAUGUCUUGACUAUGACAUUACAGUAUUCAAUUCACAUGUUAAAAGGUAACAUUUUAUUGAUGACUAUUACAUAAAAGUGUUAUCUUACAUGUGUUUCUCCCAGGUUUAAAGAGAAUUUUGGUUGUGGCAAGAACCCAGAGCAGAAGGAAAAAGAGAAGAGAGCUUACGGGGUAAUCUCCUCAGAACACAAGAAGUUGGGCUCCAUGAGUUUUGCAGAGAUCUGUGUGCUGGUUCUGUUUAUUCUUUUAGUGAUCCUGUGGUUCACACGGGCACCGGGCUUCAUGCCAGGCUGGGCAACAAUCAGUUUUAACAAAGAUGGCAAAGAGUGAGUGUUUGAAGUGCACCAGUCCUAUCCCUACAUCAUUUUCAAUGAGAUUUAUCAGGGCAAAAACAGUUGUUGUUGUGGGGCAAAGUGUUAAAUAAGGUGCCAUUGCCAUUGAAACCAAUAGAAUGAUUCUCACCAUUUAGCAUUUUGAAUCAGGAAUAGAACCUGUUUUGCCUUGAUAAAAUAUCACUAGUUAUCUAUACUUAUCUAAAAAUGUGUACUGUUUAGAAGGUGCAUUGUAUUAGAUAUAAUACGAUUUAGCAAAUUAGAAAAUCCCAAUAAUACACCAAUCAGGAGAAGUAGGAUAAAACCUAAUUAAUCUGAAAUACAAAUGCAUUGUUAAUAAUAGUGAAACCUCAACUAAGGGAUUGUAUUGUAUUAAGAAGAUAACUUUGUUAAAGGACUACUCUAGGCACCCAGACCACCUCAGCUUAAUGAAGUGGUCUGGGUGCUAGGUCCCUCUAGGGUUAACCCAUUUUUUUAUAAACAUAGCAGUUUCAGAGAAACUGCUAUGUUUAUAAAUGGGUUAAUCCAGCCUCCAAAGCCUCUAGUGGCUGUCUCAUUGAAUUAUGAAUUCUUUCCUAUGAGACAGGCUGAAUGCGCGCGCAGCUACUGCCGCGCAUGCGCAUUCAGCCGAAGAGGAGGAUCAGAGGCGCAGAGGAGGAGGAGAGCUACCCGCCCGGCACUGGAAAAAAGGUAAGUUUAACCCCUUUCCUCUCCCCAGAGCCCGGCGGAAGUGGGACCCUAAGGGUGGGGGCACUGUCAGGGCACUAUAGUGCCAGGAAAACGAGUAUAUUUUCCUGGCACUAUAGUGGUCCUUUAAGAGUAAAAUAACUGAACUGGUCUGAAAAGUGAAUAAGUGCACAGUGAUUAUGUAAUAAUGUAAUCAUUGUUUACUUUUUGGACCAGUUUAGUUAUUAUCUUCUUAAUAAAGUUAUUUUCUUAAUACAACAUAAUUCUUGGUGUCUUCCUUUAGUUACGGUUUAUUUGUAUAAGAAGAUUUUGCACUGAUGCACACAUAUUGACUGGCCAAUCAUACUGUCAGUAAAUUGCCAACAGGGAAAUAUGAAUUUAAUUCACAUAUUAGCAUUUGCAGGUUCCAGAACAGGAGGUAAUCUGAAUAUAUUAACUGCUGGCCCUUGUUCAAUGCUUAUUACUAUAAUCAGUAUCUAUCUUGUAUAUUCUCUUCCAGGCACUUCUGUAACUCAUUGGAGCGAUGAAAGGAGUUACAAAGUGUGUUUCUGCAACUCAUUCAGGCUAGACGAUCAACCACGCGUUUUAUGAUUUUUUAUUAACAAUAUUACAAAACAAUUCUGCAGAAGAAUUGCAAAUCUCACUCAGAAAUGUUGCUAUAGUAACCAUUUUACAUGGGCGUAGAAUAAGUGAUAUGUUUGUAGCAACUGUUUGGAACCUAUUGUAAAACAAGAGUGCUUAAAAAUGGUUCCAACCCAUAGCUAAACACAAUUAUUUAUGCAGUAUAGUAAACGGUAUUAGCUUAUGUGUUUUGGUAGACACUGCACUGCAUUAAUGUCUUCACUCAUUUCUGUUACCUUUACCAGCUACGUCACAGAUGCUACAGUGGCGAUAUUCAUUUCCCUUAUGAUGUUCUUAUUCCCAUCCGAGAUGCCAUCAUUUAGAUUUAAGGAUACAACACAGCCAGGUAAAUACCAGCUGCAGUUUGUUUCUUAGUCCAUGUGUAUACCAUGUACAAAGUUAUGAUGAGUUGAAAUAUGUUAUUCUGAAAGAUGUAAUGUUUGGGUGAUGGAAGCACUCACAAGAUACACAGUCAAAUCGUCAGUUUAGUAAGAUCGCUGCUUUCAUUCCUAAUUGUGGACCUUUUGCACCAUAUGUUUAGCUAUGUCAGUGCUUAUUGACUAAGCCCUUCCACUAACAGAAUCCAACUUUUAUAAUUUUUUGUUCAGCUAGCACUCCAUACUUUCUACCACUUUACCCAAACUGUUGUAUGCUGAAUAUUUCCACUGUAGUUUUUACAUUAUAUUUAACACCGGAAUGAAGAUGAAGAUCUAUUCUAGACAGCUUUUGGGCCAACACAUGAUGUUUCUGUUUUCUUCCCACUGGAAACAUCCAUCACAGGGGCCCUAUUUGGUUACCUUUGUUUGAAUUGUUGCCAAAUCACUAAAUUUUAGGAAAACAAAUGUCAGACUCUAUUAUGGAUUCAUUCAAGCCUAGUAAUGAUCCAAGAGCACCUGCCUUGCUAAGACUUCUCAUUGAGCUGCAUUGGGAAGUCUGUGAUUGGACAGCCACAGAAAGUCUUGGCGAGGUUAGAAAGAGAGGGCUUGCAAACAGGGCCAGUACUACCAUAAGGCGGCACAAGCGUCCGCCUUACGGUGCACCAACCCGAGGGGUGCAAAAAUGUCCGAGUGACCGGCGGGAGCAUGGAGAACUUCUCUUCCACCGGUCACUUUCUGCAGCAAUGCCCAUGGCAGUAAUUUACUCAGCUGGCUGUGUGAUGGAGGGGGAAAACGUGCAGCCACUGAGGGAGGGGGGUGGAGCAGUGAGGAACGACUGCAGCCAAUCUCUUAAUGAGCUAAAGGUCCGCUGGGAUAUGUGACAUCAUAUCCCAGCGGCUAACUGCUGUGGAGAUUGGAGGAAAACUACUACAGUGCAGCGGGAACUCUGUUUUACCAAUUAUAUGAAACUGUGUGUGUGUGUAAGAGACUGUGUGUGCGUGUUUGACAAUAAGCAGUGUGUGAGUAUGUUAGAGCCAGUGAGUGUGUAUAAUCAGUGUGUGUGUGUAAGAGUUAGUGUGUGUGAGUUAAAGCCAGUGUGUGUGUAUAAGCAGUGUGUGUGUGUGUGUGUGAUGUAUAAGCUGUCCUGAAAAAAAGAUUGUAGAUCUUGAAGAUGAUGGACAUAUGAUGCAGAUUAAGGACACAUUUUUAAAUUGUUCUUUUAUUGUUGUUGACUUUUUACUAUUUUGUUUUGUUUUCUUUCUUUUGUUGAGAAAGGAAGGAGAUGUGAUGUAUGGACUGUUGGGCUGGUAUGUGUGUGUGAGUGUAUGUAUUGUGAUGUAUGGGCAGUUGGGCUGUUGUUGGCUAUGAGUGAUCUAGAGGCAAAAGCCACUGGCCUAUCUGUCCCAUCAGCCAUGGAAUGAGACAGGACUGCUCCCAGUCCUUAAGGUGAUGCAUCACAAGCAAUGGAAACAGGCUUUUCCAAGUCGUAGUGUACUAAAAGACGUGAACUACGCACUAGUUCUUUUGACUUAUGGAAAGCUGAAGCACAUUCUACUGUCCAGGCCCAUUGUCGUUUACUCUCUAGAAGCCGAUGUAAAGGGUACAGGACAUGAGCUAAAUGUGGCAAAAAACGGUUGUAAUCAUUUAACAGACCAAGAUAGGACCUUAGUUGUGUAAAAUUUUGUGGAGUUGGAACAUCCUGUAAUGCCUUGACCUUCUCAUCUGUUGUAUGCAGCCCAUGUUUGUCAAUUACAUGAGCACAAAAUUCAAGACGAUCCUGCAUGAAUUGGCAUUUAUCCAAAUUUACCUUCAAUCCAUAUUCCAUAAGUCUUUGCAAAACUGCCUCUACAUUCUGUUUAUGUUCCUCCUCCGUUUUACUCGUCACCAGCAUGUCAUCUAACAGGCACUGUGUCCCAGGAAUUCCAGAUAACAGCUUGUACAUUGUUCGCUGCCAGACAGCUGGUGCAGGUGAAAUGCCAAAAACCAUACGGUUAUACCUGAAUAGCCCCCGAUGGGUAUUAAUCGUAAGUAGUGGUCGAGAAUUUGGAUGUACAGAUAACUGUAGGUAUGCAUUUUUCAAGUCAAUUUUGGUGAAUUGCUGGCCACCUUUCAAUGAUGCGAAAAUAUCAUCUACCCUAGGAAGGGGAUACUUAUCUAUUUUAAGCUGUGUGUUAAGAGCCAUGCGGAAAUCCCCACAAAUCCGUAUCUCCCCAUUUCGUUUUCUCACAGGAACAAUGGGCGAAGCCCACUCACUAUUGUGAACCCGGGAGAUGAUAUUCAGCUCCUCUAAUCUCCUCAAUUCUGCCUCCACUCCAGCCCUUAGAGCAAAAGGCACACUUCUUGCUUUAAAAAAGUUUGAUGUUGCUCCUUCCUUUAAUUCCAAGGAAACUUGUUGUCCCUUUACAGUCCCUAAUUGGCCAUCAAACGCUAGUGCAUACUUUUCCUGUAAUUCCCUAAUCCAGUCAAGUCUGAUUUUCAUUCAACACAUGACAUGGAUACUUAUGCACUUGAGGCAUCCCGAGAGCCCUUAUCCACUCCCUACCAAAAAAUGGAGGUCCUCCAUUCUCUAAGAUAUAGAGAGGUAGUUUCUUCUUACACUUGUUGAAUGUAACUGUGGCUGUCACACAACCCACUGGUAUUAACAGCUCUUUAGAAUAUGUCUGCAGUCUCGCUGUUGUCUGAAUUAUUGGCCUAUGUAUUUUAAGGCAUUUCCAGUCUGUCAAAGAAAUCACUUAUACAGCUGCACCUGUGUCCAAAUCUAUAGUCAGUCAGGUUUCUCUGGGUGUAAGAGGCUCCUUAGCGUAUCAUACGUUCUGGCUCCUAUAACUGUUAGGAAAACAGCGACCUGUUUAUUGUCAGGAAUGUCAUUAGCUGUGAAAUAUUGUUCAAGCCUUUCAACCCAAGAGGCCCAUAAAUCCGAGUCAGGAUCAAAGUCCUUUAUAGUGCCAAUGGCUGCCAUGUCAGUUUGGGUUCUACAGCCUCGUCGCCACUCUGAUGUUUUGUACAAAUAAGCCAAUAAUUCCUGUAUAACGAAGUACUCCCUUUAUUAAUACAUAUAUAACAGCAUCUUCAUAUUGCAGCCUUGUUUCUGCAGCCGCUAUUUCAAAUCUCUGGAACAUUCAUAGAAACAUAGAAACAUAGAAUGUGGCGGCAGAUAAGAACCAUUCGGCCCAUCUAGUCUGCCCAAUUUUCUAAAUACUUUCAUUAGUUCCUGACCUUAUCUUAUAGCUAGGAUAGCCUUAUGCCUAUCCCAUGCAUGCUUAAACUCCUUUACUGUGUUAACCUCUACCACAUCAGCUGGAAGGCUAUUCCAUGCAUCCACUACCCUCUCAGUAAAGUAAUACUUCCUGAUAUUAUCUUUAAACCUUUGUCCCUCAAAUUUAAGACUAUGUCCUCUUGUUGUGGUAGUUUUUCUUCUUUUAAAUAUAGUUUCCUCCUUUACUGUGUUGAUUCCCUUUAUAUAUUUAAAUAUUUCUAUCAUAUCCCCCCUGUCUCGUCUUUCCUCCAAGCUAUACAUGUUAAGAUCCUUUAACCUUUCCUGGUAAGUUUUAUCCUGCAAUCCAUGAACCAGUUUAGUAGCCCUUCUCUGAACCCUCUCUAAGGUAUCAAUAUCCUUCUGAAGAUACGGUCUCCAGUACUGUGUACAGUACUCCAAGUGAGGUCUCACCAGUGUUCUGUACAAUGGCAUGAGCACUUCCCUCUUUCUACUGCUAAUACCUCUCCCUAUACAACCAAGCAUUCUGCUAGCAUUUCCUGCUGCUCUAUUACAUUGUCUGCCUACCUUUAAGUCAUCAGAAAUAAUCACCCCUAAAUCCCUUUCCUCAAUUGUUGAGGUUAGGACUCUAUCAAAUAUUCUGUACUCUGCCCUUGGGUUUUUACGUCCAAGAUUGUGCAUCACUCACAGGCAACAACAGCCCAACUGCCCAUACAUCCCAAUACAUACACUCACACACUCAUACACAGCCCAAUCGCCCACACAUCACAGGGUGUGUAAGAGUUAGUGUGUUUGUUUGAGCCAGUGUGCGUGUGUAAGAGUUAGUGUGUGUGUGUGUUAGAGCCAGUGUGUGAGUCUAUAAGCAGUGCGUGUGUAAGAGAAUGUAUGUGUGUUAGAGCCAGUGAGUGUUUAUAAGCAGUGUGUGUAAGAGACUGUGUGUGUGUGUGUGUGUAUAAGCAGUGUGUGUAAGAGUUACUGUGUGUGUUUUAGAGCCAGUGAGUGUGUGUGUAAGAGCCAGUGUGUGCAUGUGUGUCUGUAUAAGCAGUGUGUGUAAGAGUUAGUGUGUAUGUGUUAGAGCCAGUGAGUGUGUGUGUGUGUGUAACAGUCAGUGUGUGUAGGAGCCUGUAAGUGUGUAUAAGCAGUGUGCGUGUGUGUAAGAGUUAGUGUGUGUGUGUGUGUUAGAGCCAGUGUGUGUGUGUAAGAGUUAGUGAGUGUGUGUGUUAGAGCCAGUGUGUGAGUCUAUAAGCAGUGCGUGUGUGUAAGAGACUGUGUGUGUGUGUUAGAGCCAGUGAGUGUUUAUAAGCCGUGUGUGUAUGUGUGUGUAAGAGACUGUGUGUGUGUAUAAGCGGUGUGUGUAAGAGUUACUGUGUGUUAGUGUUUUAGAGCCAGUGAAUGUGUAUGUAAGAGCCAGUGUUUGUGUGUGUGUGUGUGUUAGUCAGUGUGUGCAUGUGUGUCUGUAUAAGCAGUGUGUGUGUAAGAGUUAGUGUGUGUGUAAGAGUUAGUGUGUGUGUUUGUGUGUGUGUGUUAAAGCCAGUGAGUGUGUGUGUGUGUGUAACAGCCAGUGUGUGUAGGAGCCUGUAAGUGUGUAUAAGCAGUGUGUGUAAGAGUUAGUGUGUGUGUGUGUGUGUGUGUGUGUAUGUAAGAGUUAGUGUGUGUUUGUGUGUGUUAGAGCUAGUGUGUUUAUCUAUAAGAAGUGUCUGUGUGUAAGAGACUGUGUGUGUGUUAGAGUCAUUGAGUGUGUAUAAGCAGUGUGUGUAUACGAGUUAGUGUGUGUGUGUUAGAGCCAGUGUGUGUGUGUGUGUUAGAGCUAGUGUGUGUCUAUAAACAGUGUGUGUAAGAUACUAUGUGUGUGUGUGUGUGUGUGUGCAUAAGGACUGUGAGUGUGUGUGUGUGUGUGUGUGUAAGAGACUGUGUGUGUCAGAGCCAGUGAGUGUGUAUAAGCAGUGUGUGUGCAAGAGUUAGUGUGUGUGUGUGUAAGAAUUAGUGUGUGUGUGUGUGUAAUAGUUAGUGUGUGUGUGCGUGUAAGAGCCAGUAAGUGUGUAUAAGCAGUGUGUGUGUGUAAGAGACUGUGUGUGUGUGUUAGAGCCAGUGAGUGUGUAAAAGCAGUGUGUGUGUGCAUUAGAGCCAGUGUGUUUAUAAGCAAUGUGUGUAAGAGUCAGUGUGUGUGUGUGUGUAUGAGCAUUGUGUGUGUAAGAGUUACUGUGUAUGUGUGCUUUAGAGCUAGUGAGUGUGUGUAGGAGUCAGUGUGUGUGUGUUAGAGCCAGUGUGUGCGUGUGUGACUGUAUAAGCAGUGUGUGUGUAAGAGUUAGUGUGUGUGUUAGAGCCAGUGAGUCAGUGUGUGUGUGUGUGUAACAACCAGUGUGUGUGUAAGAGCCUGUGUGUGUGUGUUAGAGUCAGUGUGUGUAUAAGCAGUGUGUAAGAGUAAGUGUGUGUGUGUAAGAGUCAGUGUGUGUGUAUGUGUAUAAGCAGUGUGUGUAUGUAAGUCAGUGUGUGUAAGAGCCAGUGUGUGUAAGAGCCAGUGUGUGUGUAAUAGCCAGUGUGUUUAUGUAUAAGCAGUGUGUGUGUGUAAGAGACUGUGUGUGUGUGUGUGUGUGUCUGUGUGUGUGUGUGUGUGUGUGUGUGUGUGUGUGUAAGAGACUGUGUUUGUGUUUGUGUGUGUGUGACACAAGGGGGUAAAGAGACUACAAAAUUAGGAUGAACACACAAAAACAUGAAAAGAAUGCCAAACAGGGCAUACAAUAUACAGAAAGCGAAAACGUGAAAGAAAAAGGUGACAAGAUGCACCAAAUGGGCAAAAGAAUGGAUAAGAGGGGCAAAAGAAAGCAUAUAAGACAGACAGGUGAAGAUAAAUUUUGAGGGCAGCAAAAUGUGUCUUCGCCUGUGUAGACAGAAGUCCUUGCACUGGCCCUGCUUGCAAAGGUAGCAGACUACUGCAGGUUUUGCCAGAGGUUUUUAGAUACACCCUCAAUGAAAAAAUGCAUAAUUAAAUGCAUGCACGUUUCAUAUUGGAUAUAUUUACUAAACAGUGUUUUUUAAAAUUUAUCUUGCAUUUGGGCAGUGGAGUGCCCCUUUAGGUUGGUACCAAGUUUUCUGUUCUUGGCCAGUUGGAGAAAGUAUUGAUUUGUUUAAUACUAGAAUUAACGCUAGUCAAAGAGCCUAACAUUUUGUUCCCUUAAAAAAUGUGGUGAAUUAAUAAUGACUGAGAUAUUUUUAUGUGUUGAGUUGGUACUGACACAUAUUUUUUGGCACAAAUUAUUACAUUUUGUUUACUUGAGUUUUAUUAGUGAUAAUGGCUUCUUAACAAUUAACAAUACAUGUAUCUAUCAUUGUUUUGGAUACAAGGAAAGAAGCCUAAGAUACAUGUCCCACCUCCUCUACUAGACUGGGCCACCGUGAACCAGAAGAUGCCUUGGAACAUAGUCAUCCUGCUGGGAGGAGGUUUUGCUUUGGCUAAAGGGAGUGAGGUAAGUCAUUGGGCUAUGAGUGAGGAAAAUUGCAUCAGUAGCAGUAUUAGUUAUAGUCAGUUAAUCUCACAUCUCAUGUUCUAAAAAUCACGAAAUCUGGUAAUGAAAUAUAUAUUGCUUACAGAGGGUGGAUAGAUGUAUAUCCCAAAUUAAAGCAGGUUAGAAUGGGGUCAUUCAGUGCAUUGUGUAUGUGGGCAAUGUGGGUGGCUGUAUGAGGGUCAGAAAGGCAAUAGAUUAGCCCAUGACUAAAUGCUAAUAUGACUUUCCAUGACAUUCUGCAAUAAUGGAAUCUGUACUUGAAUUAAUCACUUCCUUAUUUUACUCAAAAUGACUGUAAGGGACCAUAGAUAAGAAAUCUGAAGAUAUAUGCACAGAACUCUGCUAGGUCCAAAGGAAUGGUUUAAAUGCAGAAGAGGUCUUUAAAAUUAGCCACAGUGCUCACAAUGCAUCAAGUAUUCCAUGCUUGACUUUAGGGACUUCAAAUGAAACUUUCCUGCAUCUACCAUAUAGAUUUAAGUCCACUUUAUGUCCACCUUAUUUCCCUUUGAUACCCUACGGCAGGCACAGGCAACCAUCGGCACUGCAGAUGUUUUGGACUACACCUCCCAUGAUGGUUUGCCAGCAUUAUGGGUGUAAAAGCAUUAUGGGGGAUGUAGUACACAACAUCUGGAGUGCCAAAGGUUGCCUCCCUCUGCUCUACGGCAUCUAGCAGCAGUCAAUGUCUCCCCAAAACCUGUACCAGAAACCCAGACAUUCUCUUAUACAUGCCCUGUCAUUCCUGCAUAACUUCCUCUUUUUAUUACACUACAACAUUAUUAAAUACCUGCUACCCCUUAUCCUCUCUGUUCAUUUCACACUGCCUAAAUCUCAUGGCAGUAACUACAACCUGUCUUUCUCCCUCUUAAACUGCUAACCCACCUUAUUAUCCUAUUAUAUUAUCCAGAUUUUGUGUAAGUAGUGUGUGUACGGUUGGAUUUUCAGCUUUCUUUGCAUUUAUUCUUCCCAUCAAUGCCUCCUGGUCCUUCCUUCUUCUUUUGAGUUUUCAUUCAUUGAUGGAUUAUUACAUCAGUUCUAUUUUCCAUUAUUUAAAGAACCAUUCCAAUUCAUUUCCUAAGGGUAGUGUUUUAUCUUCCUGUGUGCCUUUCUCUCUCUACACCAGUCCUCCUGGCCAUGCUCCCAUAACAAGUGCUUCCACAGUCUACUUUGCACUCUCAGCGUACACUCUACAAAUCUCUUACACAGCACUUUGCUUCUCAACUUUAACUAGAUACAGACAUCACACCUGGUGAUCUUUUAAUUCCAUCUGACACAACGGAAGAGAUUUAUCAAAGUGUUUUUAUUUUUGGUUUAUAAUCUGUUAGUUUAUAACAUUCUGAAAUACAUAAAUGGUCUAAAAAGUGUCUCUGUGGGGGGCGGGGCCGGACCGCCAGGCUGAAUGGACGCAAAAUGGAGUAGCUCCUGUAAAAACCUCCAGUUUUAGCCCCAAAAAAACAGCAUCAAGCAUACCUGACAACUGGCUGCCGAGCACCGGUGCAAGAGGCCACCCUGGUCCCGAGGAGAGGCUUGCUGAGCAGUUUUAGUCCCUCGGAGGGGCGAUCCAAGUCACACGAUGCGGACCGCUCGGGCGGUGAGCGAGGUGGACGGCCGCUGCCUGGCUAUCCUGCCCACCAGUGGUAAGGAAGCAAUCCGGGGUUAGACGGGUCUGGCUCCGUUCCCCCCCCUUUGGACCGGUGGGGGUGAUCCCGGUCCCCACCCCGAGACCCAUCGUACCACAACAAGGCCGGCGCUUGAAGCUGAGGCAGAGAAAGCCGUUUCCAAAAUGGUGGAGACCACAUGGCAAGUGACCCUGAUAACAGCCGCGCGCACUCACCUCUCCUGCAGCCACACAGACAGACAGAUCGCCGAGCCGGUCGGGGUGAGAGCCGACAGAGUGGGUGCUAAGAUCCCAUGAGCGGAGCGGCAGAACAACAAAAACAAAAAGAGCUGUCACUGCAUACUGGUUUACCCUACCAUACUAAGCAGCGCACCGAGAGGGAGUCGAAAUGCCUGGACUGAUCAUUCACAGCAGACGGGAUGCCUGCGAUCUCUCACCAGCCCACGACAAACACCUGACAGACCAGCUAACAAGAGAAUAUCAGGAGUGCAGCAGGCACCUAAGCUUCUCCCACCAAAGAAACUAUCCUCACUGAAUAAAGACUGGUCUCCUGACAGGCAAACACAGACCCUUCGCCUGACCGACGUGGAAACCACCUGGGGUGGACAUUUUACAGUCUAAUCAUAAGGGUUAAGGCUGCUUUAGAGUUUGAUAUAGCCACUCAUGCUCUAGCCCAGCAUAACCUGCAACCACUCUCACGAAGCUUAGGCAGCUAAGAAAGAUGUCUACUCAUUAUUGUAAUCAGCCUAAUAAGAGCUCAUUAACCAACAUGCAAAACUUUAUCAUUAGCAGUUAUCAACCACUUGAAUGGUAAUGUUGUAUUAUGCAGGGAACAAUAUGCAUACUCAUUUACUGCAGCCACUAGAAUGUGACUGAGGCUAGCUUAAACAGUCAGUAAACUCGCUAACGAAGCAACAACAAUCUACUUAUGUGUGUAAGCAUGGUCUAAUUAAUAUAUAUGAAUGUUACUCUAGUACUCUAAGCGUGAUAUUUUAUAAAAUUAAAUGUGCUGAGAACUCCGUCAUGAUAUUGUAUACCAAUGUAAAGCUUGUACUCGCUGUCGUGGCGCUACAGGCCUGUUUGUAAAAGUAUGCACAAGAAAAAUAAAGAAUUAUAAAUGUAAAAAAAAAUAAAAAUAAAUAAAAUAAAAAAAAGUGUCUCUGUAAAAAUAAAUUAUUCAAUUUGUUGCAGAAAAUAUCCGUUUCAGAAAAGUGACAGAAAGAUUGUUUCACCCAAAAAAUGUCAUCCAUUCAAAAAUAACUAGAUCACGAAAAAUGGAAUGGCUGCAAAAACCAUCAGAUUUAAUAACGCAUGCCAAAAAAACCCACCGAAAACAAAACAGCCUGCAACAAUUUGGCAAAUCUGUAAUUUUUUUUUCUUUUGUAUUCCUCUACCCCACUUCCUCCUAGAAUUUUACUUUCACCUCUUGUAUCUGAUGUUACAUGUCCCCGUUGUAUAAUUGUAACGUGCUGCAGAACAUAUCAGCAAUCUGAAAAUGCAAUUAGUAAUACAAAUAAUGAAAUGUAAUAAUUAUUUCCUUCAUCAGCAGAGUUCAAAGAAAGACAUAUUCAUAUAUAUAUAUUUAUUUCAGGAAUCAGGAUUAUCAUUGUGGCUUGGGGACAAGCUGACUCCAUUGCAAAACGUCCCACCUGCAGCGAUAGCCCUCAUUUUGUGUCUUUUGGUUGCUACAUUCACUGAAUGUACAAGCAAUGUGGCCACUACUACUUUGUUUUUACCAAUCCUGGCAUCAAUGGUAAGAAUCUGUUCAAUCUAUGGACAUUUAAAUGAGAUUGCACAUUAGUAGGAUCCUUUAUGGUUCCAAUGUCCCAUACCAAUCAGAGGAAGAUGUUGGGAAAAUGAUGGCAUGUACUGUGUAUAUGUGGCCGUACAUGUGUAACAUUAGUACUCUCCCCAUUGUUCUGGUUGGAUGAGCUACGUUCAGUCCCAAGGUAAUUCACCAAUUGCAGUUUUUGCUUCAGGAUGAUAGAUUGAGAAGUUGAUUUAAGCGUUACAUGUUUAGACUGGAAGAAAUGAAAUUUAGUCUAAGGCAAAGGAGAGGUUUUUUUACAGUAAGAACAAUAAGGUUGUGGAAUUCUCUGCCUGAAGAAGUGGUUUUAUCAGAGUCUGUACAGAUGUUUUAACGGCAACUAGAUGCAUAUUUGCAAAAACAUAAUUUUCAAGUAUAUAAUUUUUUAAUUGUAGGAUAAUAGCUUCUUGAUCCAGGGAUAAAUCUGACUGCCAUUCUGGGGUCAAGUAGGAUUUUUUCCCUAGUUUGUUGCAAAAUUGGAAGCGCCUCAAAAUGUUUUUUUUUGCCUUCUUUUGGAUCAACAGCAAAUAAACAGAUGUGAGGAAGGCUUGAAGGACAUUUGUCUCUUUUCAGCCUAUGUAACUAUGUAACAAAUAUAGUUUGCAAGUGUAUAUUAAAGGGACACUAUAGUGUUAACACCACCAUCUAGCCCCCCUGGGCCCCUCAUGCCUCCAUAAAUAUAGUAAAACUCUUACUGUAUUCAAGCCAGAAGCUGUAACUCUACAUGCUGUUUGCCUAAAAAAAAAAACAGUCUGCUGACAUCAUCAGAAGUGGUAGCCUGAUCCAAUCACAAUGCUUCCCCAUAGGAUUGGCUGAGACUGACAAGGAGGCAGAUCAGGGGCAGAGCCAGCAUGAUUCAAACACAGCCCUGGCCAAUCAGCAUCUCCUCAUAGAGAUGAACUGAAUCAACGAAUCUCUAUGAGGAAAGUUCAGUGUCUGCAUGCAGUGGGAGUGUCUGCAUGCUGCCCUGUGCUCUGCUGACAGCAGAUCUGAGUGGAUUGAGGAGUUUUAUGCCUCAAUCAACUCGGAAGUCCCUCUGGUGGCAUUCUGAGUGACUGCAACUGGAGGUGUUCCUAGCUUUCAAUGUAAACACUGUAUUUUCUCAGAAAAUACAGUGUUUACUUGAGAAAGGCUGCAGGGAGCUAUAGUUCUCACCUGAACAACCUCAUUAAGCUGAAGUUGUUCAAGUGACUAUAGCGUUCCUUUAAUGUAUUUUUUUAUUAUGAAACAGAUUUUAAAUGAAGACCAUUGUCCUUUUUUUUUUUUAUCUUAGACCAUAUCUUAUAUAAAAUAUUUUAUUAUCAAUUUAACAUUGUUGGAUGCACUUUUUACAUGAUUAAAUUUUUUUUUGUAUAAUUCUUUAUUUUUAUAGUGCAGAAAAGGUUUACAAACAUUAGGUAUCAGGUUUAGAAUAAGUAAACAGUCAUAACAUAACAGAGUAAGGAAAUGCAAUACCAUAAUAAAAAACAAUGCACCAUUUUUUUGUAUAGGUCAAACUAGCCAAUACUAUGUGUGGUCUAUCAGAAGUUUUAGGUAUUUAAACUGGUAAUUAAACAGCCAAUUAAACACCCCUGCGGGCCAUGGGGAAUUGGGUAGAAAACAGGUGGAUUGCAGUCCAGGGGCUCUAUGCUUGGGGCGAGUAAGCCUAGGCAAGGAAAGUCACUCAACCAAAGCCUCUUCGUGAGGUCGACACUGGCGAUGCAUCAGGUGAUGCAGAGAGGGAUACACUCCCGGUGUCCUGAAGAAACAGCAGAUGGGACCUCCAUGUAGGUAUCAGUGUAUAAUAACAUGCUUGCUUCAGUACAGUUCCUUGCACAGUUGGGGGGCCAAAGCCACGCGGGGGAUGACUGCGAUGCUCCUCGGCACUUAGACGCUUCGUCUUUCUUCUCUGUGGGGCCCAGAUGUGUUGAGCAUAACGGUGUUCCCCACUUCCGACACUCCUCCCCUCUGGGGCAUCGGAAGUGCUCCAUCACAGCCCAAUCUUGUCAAAUAUUUUUUAUUAAAAGGUUUUCAUUUUUUACAAUAAUAAUCAUUGUAAAACAAUGAAUUAUAUGGAAUAAAAUCUGACUAGUACAAUGCUUAUCAUUUUACCUUACAAUAAGCACGGCAGCAUGGGAGAAAAUUACUAGUAACUGUCUAUCCUUACAAUCCUAUUAAAAUGUGAAUUAACAUUCUGUUUCAUUCUGACCGAGUUAAUUUUGUCUGUCAGGCAAAGGCCAUCCAACUGAAUCCGCUGUAUAUUAUGCUUCCAUGCACUCUGUCAUCAUCCUUGGCCUUCAUGCUUCCAGUAGCCACACCUCCUAAUGCCAUUGCCUUCUCAUAUGGACAACUCAAGGUCAUUGACAUGGUAAGCAUCUCUUUUCCUUUGGUAGUCCAAUCAAAUAUCAACUGGGCUUUGUAUGGGCAAACACGUCACCUGCAGUCCCCACAUAUUAUCUACUAUAUUCUUGGAUAUUCUGUUUUUCAAGAGUUGUGCACUACUAAAUUGAUGUGCAUGUUGGAUUUACUUUAUUAUUAUUAUUAUUAGCUAUAAAGCGCCAACAAAUUCCAUAGUGCUGUACAAUAGGUGGACUAACAGACAUGUAUUUGCAACAAGAUGAGCUGGACCCACAGGAACAGUGUGAGUCGAGGACCCUGCUCAAACUAGCUUACAUUCUAAAAAUGUGAACGUGAAAAUGUUGACUUUAAGAAAGUGAGCAACAUUAUGAUUUCAAUUCUGUUUAUAUAAAGUGUCAUUACAAUAUUACUGUCAUUACAAGUGUCAUUGCUGUUGUUAGAUCUAUAUUGAGACAGGGUACAUUAAUGUACCCAAUGCCAUGGCCAGAAUAAUAUAGAAUAUACAGAAUAAUAUUAAUACAGAUAAUAUUGUAACUGAAGCUCCUGGCACACACUAUAAGCACAAGCUACUUGACUUUUAAUUUUUUUUAAUGUCUCGUUUAAUGAUAUGCCCAUUGCCUAGAUGUGAUUCAUGGAAGAUACAGUGUCAUAGCAGGGGAUGAGAAAGUGUCUUAUAUUGUCAGGAUUAUUCACUAAACUGACAAUUGCAGGGAUUUCAGAGUGAUUAUGAAGUGAAUUCCAAAAUUUAGACUAAAAGAGGCGAAUCUCCAAGUCAAUUCUGUUCUCAGUGUGGCUAUUCUGAACUUAAAUUUGAAAUUCAGUUUGAAUUCUUGUCAGCUGUCAGUUUAGUAAAUAACCCCGUUUGAAAUGUAUUUCAUGUUCAUCUGGAUAAGAUACUGGUGAUGUUCUACCACCCCCUAGUGUUGAAUAACAUAAACUACAAACAUAAAUCUGCACUAUACUUGUAACAAAUAUUUUGCAUUCUUACAGGCAAAAGCAGGAUUUUUUCUGAACAUCCUUGGAGUGCUGACCAUAACACUGGCCAUCAAUAGUUGGGGAUAUUAUAUGUUCAACCUGGGCACCUUCCCCUCAUGGGCAAAUACCACCGGACAACCUUAACCGGCCUUCAAUCUAGAAUACAUGGAUAAACAUGUCAACAUAUAGAUACUUUACCAAACAUUCAUUUUCAACUCUGAUGGUCCACCUACCUACCCAAUAUCGAUGGACAUAUGGACACUGGAUGAAAAGUCUUUCCAUUUUGUCAAGCUCAACAUACCAACUCACUGUAGAUCCAUUGUAUUGUUCAUUGGAACUCUUCUUUGCUCAGUUUGUGAAUUCCAGGAGAUGGGAGAAAUUAGAAUGAAUCAGCGAGUGUUAUCUGUUAUAAAAGCUAUCAAAAAUACCAUUCUUUUUAACAGACAAAAUUUUUAUUUGAACCAAUGUAGAUCCUGUUUGUCUCUUGUGGAGUUUAAAUAGCUGUAUAUUUAUUUAUAAUGUCAAAUGCACGAUUCUAACAUGUACAAUAAGACUCCUAACGAUUCAUGUCUAGGUCUGGUACUGUUACCAAAGUCAUGGAUGUUCUUUUUAAAGAUUUUUAUUUUAAAUAGAUGCUAAGGGACUUUGCACAGCAAACCUCAGUCACUCAAAGUGUCAAAACAUCAAAGUCAU